ACUCCAGGAACACGCGGCGACCCCCCGCACUUUGCCUCUUGUGCAUACAUUCGUGGCCGUGAUAAGCCGCUCGUUUCCAGUCCAUUAUAUCUUAGUCCGUGGCACCGACUUUAGCACCGUCCGGACUCCGCCACUCCGGAGAUAGUGGCACAACCCAAUUCGAAAAAUAUUGUUUGCGCAAUUUUCUCACCGAAACUACCAAUUUGAAGUUGAACGGUUUACCAAUUACCGCAUUUAUCUCCUCGCCCGGUAUAGUCUAUUUAGCAAUCGGUCUAUUGCCGUCCGUAUAACGAUCUAGUUAAAUUCAAUUGUAAUUUGUAAAUCAUACGCGUGCAAUGUCAACUUACAAUUGACUUGAACUAUAAUACUUACCUGUUUUAAUAUAAUAUCAUUUUAUGCGCAGUAUUCUAUUUGUUCUUUAACACACAAACAUGUCUAAGAAAAGAACACGCGACGUGACUAAUAAUACAACAGAAGUGGAUAUGCAUGUCGGCAAUAAAAAUGUUUUACAAAAAUGUGAACAACCCAAGUUACACAAUGUUGCUCCAUCAAUUUUCAAACCUGCACCUUUUAGUACAGAUAAAGAUGCAGUUGAAGAACGGAAUGCUUGUGAUUAUAGUACAAAAAUCACUAUGGAUAUGGCCAAUUCUGGCUUAGCUCCUCGAAGAAUUAGAGUAUAUGCAGAUGGUGUUUAUGAUAUGUUCCAUCAAGGACAUGCUAGGCAGUUAAUGCAAGCAAAAACUGUAUUCCAAAAUGUUUACUUGAUUGUUGGAGUAUGCAGUGACAGUGUCACACAUACUUUUAAAGGUAAGACUGUAAUGACGGAUGAAGAAAGGUAUGAAGCUGUUAGACAUUGCCGUUAUAUAGAUGAAGUUCUUAAAGAUGCACCAUGGGAAACUGAUGAUCAAUUUUUAAUAGAUAAUAAAAUUGAUUUUGUUGCUCAUGAUGAUAUACCUUACAUUAAUGAAGAUGGUCAAGAUGUUUAUGGAGGGCUUAAAGAAAAAGGUAUGUUUGUAGGCACCCAAAGGACUGAGGGUGUAUCAACGUCAGACGUUAUUUCUCGAAUAGUACGGGAUUAUGAUAUGUAUGUUAGACGUAAUCUUCAACGUGGGUACAGUGCCAAAGAUUUAAAUGUAUCUUAUUUAAAGGAAAAAAAAUUAAAACUUCAAAACAAAAUGGAAGAACUUAAAGACCGCAGUAAACGAGUUAUGGGAACUAUUGGUGAAAAAAAAGUAGACAUGUUGCAACGAUGGGAAGAAAGAUCAAGAGACUUUAUUGUUUCAUUCUUAUUGUUGUUUGGCCGGGAUGGACCAAUUUCACAUUUUUGGAAAGACAGUAAAGGUAAAUUGUUACAAGCAUUUUCGCCACCUGGAAGUCCAACUCCAAGUGGACGUAACACUCCAGAUUCAUCUAGUUCAUCGGAAGAAAACUUAAGGUCUCCUCCUAGAAAAUCUAGUAGAACUAAACGAUAUUUGGAAGACGAUGAUGAUGAUGAUGAUGAUGAUGACGAAGAUGAAGAAGAAGAUGACUUGUUAAAUAGAUACAAUUACAUAAAUGGUGAAAAAAGCUCCAACUCCUAGUUGAAAAGAAUGUUAAUAAAUCACAUUAAAAAAAAACCUAUUAGUUUAAUAUAUAUAAUUAUGAUGCACAAAUUAAUAAUGAUUAUUGUUAGAAUAAAAUUAACAGUGAAAAAAUGUUUGGUAAUAAAUAUUCUUACAUGAUUGUUUUAUAAAACAAUGUAAACAUUUUAUGCAUAUUUAGACUGUGUAAAAAAAAUAAUAAUAUUAUAAAUGUUUUUUUUUAAGUUAAAAAAUAGGCAUUAUACCUAUAAAUAUUUUAUAUUAUUCAAAAUUGUUUUUUUUAUAUAUAUAUUAUUAAAAACAUAUGAAUCUACUCGA